GGCCACGUAAGAUUGUUGCCCUGACAACAAAUCAACAACUUACUAAUGUGAUACAGAACUAUUAAUUUUCUCUCUUUUUACUAAGCUUAAAGAUGUACAAGUUGGAUAUUCGUGUGGACACUAAAGAGUCGGCCGCCGUUGAGCGGAGGAGGAUCACGGAGCAGCAGAGACAGAGCAGGAUCUUCAAUGCCAGAGAAAGGACUAUUGGGUUAGACACUAACGUCCUCUCAGAGCAAAUGGCUAAGAGGAAGCAAGACGAGGAUAUAGAGAAGCAGAGAACAGAAGCUCACGCUGCUGAGAUGACCCGAGCUGAUAGAGUCACCGUGCUGUUACAGGAGAGGCAAGACAAAGACAUUAGGAAAAUCAAUGAGGGUGUGAUUGAGUAUCGCAAGGAGCAUCAACGAGUGCGGGACAGACGAGAGUUUGACCUCUACGACCCCGACUCCCUGAAGAAGGACCUCCCAGCACGAGUAUCUGAUGAGGACCCUCGCCUCACUAUAUCAGGAGUGCAGGUCUUGAGUGGAGAGGAUCUCAUGAGUGAGAAGAGGAAGAAACUGCAGCAAGAGCAAACCAGAGAAUGGACGUCUCAACAGAAGGCUGAGAAGGAGAGGCUAGCUAUGGAGGAGAGGGAGGCCAACCGACUGUACGAGCUCAAGGCCUGUGAGAUGGAUCAGAGGGCAGUCAAGUUAGCCAUGGCUGAAGAGGAGGCUAGGAAGGCUCUCAAUACGGCACAGAGAGACUACAACCUAGCAUUGGCUAAAGAGAAGGCUGCCCUCCAGCAACAAGAGAGAGCACAGGAGGAAGACGAUAACUUCACUGAGAUGUGUAACAAUGUCCACGGUGAUAUACUCACUGAGAAUCCUGACGUGGCUCAGAGUGCCUUCGGGUCUCAUCGUGUUAUCCCCGAUCGCUGGAAGGGGAUGAGCCCCUCACAAAUAGAGGAGAUUAGGAUGACCCAGGAGGCACAGAAACAGGAGAGGGCUGCGCAGGCAGAACAAGAGAGAGUCCUGGCUGAGGAGUGGGACAGACGUCGCGUGGUGGAGGCCAAGGCCAGGCUAAUACUAGAGUCACAGGAGAAAAGACGCCAGAAAGAGCUGGCUCUCAAACUAGCAGAGGAGAACAGACAAUUGGCAGCUUCUCAGAGAGCAAGCCGGGAGUACCUGAGCAAGCACGUCUAUGUCAACAGCCCCACCAAGGACUACUUUGCCCAAUUCAAUACCUCAAGUCGAUGAACUCUCAUAGGCAGAUCUAGACUGACUGUAUGAAAGACUAUUAUAUUAUACAUGUACGUGAUGUGUUUCCACAUGUUUUAAACCAUGCAUUUCAGAUCAAUGAUUAUUAGUUGACAUUAA